ACGAGUCUUAACUAAAUUUAUCAUACGUACAGAUUUCCCUUGUAUGUAGUUUCCCGGCCAGAGAGCAUAAAUUAUUAAAUACACACACACUUUGAGUCUUCAGGGCUCAGCCCAAGAGAAAAAAAAAGUAACUGAGAUGGAAGGGAUGUCUAGGUCACCAGCGGACGGCGGUUACAGUAACGGCAACCACAACAACCAGACCUCCGGCGACAGCGGCGGAAUGACACAUUUCCGGUCACGGAAACCCGGUCAGGGCGGCGGAAGGUAUCGCAGACUUCCACAACAAGAUAUAGAUACACCACCGCCGUGUACGGAGUUUGAUAAAGCUUAUUUUCAAUCUUACUCUCAUGUUGGUAUUCAUGAAGAAAUGAUCAAGGAUCGUGUGCGGACAGAAACAUACAGGACAGCCAUUUUACAACAUCAGAGUCAUAUCGAAGGCAAAGUUGUUGUAGAUGUUGGCUGUGGCACAGGCAUCCUCUCAAUAUUUUGUGCUCAGGCAGGCGCAAAACGAGUUUAUGCUGUGGAUGCCAGUGAGAUAGCAUUGCAGGCAAAGGAAGUUGUCAAGGCAAAUAACCUUUCUGACACAGUCAUUGUUUUACAUGGACGUGUUGAGGAUGUACAAAUUGAUGAGGAGGUCGAUGUCAUCAUUUCUGAGUGGAUGGGCUAUAUGCUUCUCUAUGAGAGUAUGCUUGGGAGUGUUAUUGUUGCCAGAGACCGUUGGUUAAAACCUGGUGGUCUUAUUCUUCCUUCAAAUGCAGUGCUAUACAUGGCCCCUGUUACAAAUCCUGACAGAUAUGGAGAUAGUAUUGACUUCUGGCGCAAUGUCUAUGGAAUUGACAUGUCUCCGAUAAUGCCAUUGGCCAAACAGUGUGCCUUUGAAGAACCAUCUGUGGAGACAAUUAGUGGAGAAAAUGUUCUUACAUGGCCACACGUGGUAAAGCAUGUGGAUUGCUAUACCAUCACAAUUCAAGAGUUAGAAUCAAUUACAACAAGUUUUAAGUUUCAAUCUAUGAUGCGGGCUCCUUUUCAUGGGUUUGCGUUUUGGUUUGAUGUUGAGUUUAGUGGACCUGAUGCCCCAUCCUUGAUUGACGGUUCCACCAAGACAAAUCCAUCUGGCAGUCAUAGAAGGAAGCGGGCCAAUCCCAGUGAUGCACUUGUUCUCUCCACUGCACCCGAGGAUCCUCCUACACACUGGCAACAGACAAUAGUAUACUUCUACGAUCCAAUUGACGUUGAGCAAGAUCAGGCUAUUAAUGGCUCUGUUACAUUAACACAACGCAAAGAGAAUGCCCGGUUCAUGAACAUUCAUCUUGAAUAUGCGUCAGGUGGUCGUUCUUUUGUAAAAGAAUCUGUUUUGCGUUGAUUUUGUCACAGCUGACAUUUUAGUUUGACUUGACGACUGCUGAUGCUUCUGUUGGUUCUAACAUUUCGGGAUUUCAUAUUUAGUCUAGGUAGGUAGAAAUUUAGUGAGUGUAUGAUCUUGUACGGACCUGGUGUUGAUGACUAGAUUGAUCAAAUGUCAAAGUGUUUCUGGUAAUGUUGGCUUUGAUCCACACUUUGUCAUUUAUCAUUUUUAAAGAUCAAGUAUAACUGUAAAAGACCAAAGGGGUCAUCAGGACAAAUCUCUAUUAUUAUUAUUUCGUACGUUGGUAUAGGCAAAAGCUUUCCCUUCCUA